CCCACCCCAAGCCGCACCCCCAUCUACCUACUAACCUCAUCCCACCUCCUUGACCUGUCCGACUUCCCUGGACUGACCUUUUCUCUCCUCUCCAGCUUCGGUCCGCCUCCCCCUCUCUCCCUAUUUAUUCCAGUUCCCUCUCCCCGUCCCCCUCUCUGAUGAAGGGUUUAGGCCCGAAACGUCAGCUUUUGUGCUCCUGAGAUGCUGCUUGGCCUGCUGUGCUCAUCCAGCCUCACAUUUUAUUAUUUUAGGAGAGAGAGCUGUUUUGGUUUGUGAUAGAAGAGACGAGGCUGUCUAUGCCUUUCACCCAUCGGUAGCUCUCCUCCUGUCCCUGCCUCUAUGCACACACUCUGCCAGGCAUAGUCUUCCUCCCUCUGUGUGUGUGUGUGUGUGUCUCUCUCUCGCUUCAGCUCCUAAAACCUAAGAUGCAUCGGAUAUAAAAACACGCACAUAAACACACACACACACAUCAACAAGCCAUGGAGAAAGAUCAGGAAUUACUGCAAGCUGUCAAAACCGAAGAUGAAGCUCCUGUGGCUCCUGUACAAUCUUCCUCCGCCAUGCGGCAGGGUAGGAGCAUUGAAAGCAGAUCUCAGCUCUUGUGGAGAGAGAGAGAGCGUGAGGCAGCGGCUGCGAAACGCGAUGGGGGUGAGGACGGACUGAAGAACCAUGGCAUCGCCGCUGUGUACUUAGUGCAGCAAUGCAGAAGCUGUUGCAAAGGCCGAAACAAGGCAAAGCGAGACACAAUCAUCGCCUUGGAAGCUUCAUCACGAUACUACUUUGCAUUUCUGAAGAGGGAAGAAGAAAUCAACAUGAAAAUUCAAUUCCAUGGUUUUGGAAGUCCCAUUGAGAACACGAUUCAUUUGCGCCGGCAUAAUGCUCUGACCGAGAAAGAAUUGAAGUUUCCACUUGGAAGAAAGAUUCACAUCAAAUUGACUGGUCAAGGAAAUGGGACACUGACUAACCAUACGAUGAGACUGUUUUGAUGAGGAAUUGAAAGAUUAUGUGUCCCAUCCGUUUGACUCACAGUUUGGUACCAUAGGUUGGUACGAUCUUCGUUGGAGAAGGAAAAGGGAUGUUCCAGAUACAGAAAAUCGUCAAACCAUUUAC